AGCAGCUACGCCUGGACUGGAGGAACCCGAGCCCAGCUUGCUUCUGAGUAGAGCUCUGAGAAGGCCGCAGCCAUGACGGGCGAGGUAGCUUCUGAGGCUCACCUAGAAAUCAAUUAUCCAAAACUUAUUUCAGAAGAAGCAGAUAGUCCUUCAGACAGUGGGCAGGGCAGCUGUGAAACAACUGGGCCCUUGAGUGAAAGAGAUUCAGAUGAAGACAUAUUUGUGAGUAAGAAAUUGAAAAGCAGGAAGGUGCUACAAGACAGUGAUUCUGAAAAAGAGGACACAAAUGCGUCUCCACAGAAAACUACCUAUGACAGUGUCGAGGAGGAAAAUAAAGAGAAUUUAUAUGCUGUCAAAAAAGGAAAAGUCAGAAGGAUUUACAAAACUCUGGUGGACAGUGAUGAGAGUGACCUUGAAGAAUCAUUACAUACAAAAAGUCUUGAAAGCCAGGUGACACCUUGCUUAGAACUAGGUCUCCCAUCUGAAAAUACAGUGCACUUUACAGUUGACAGAAAGACCUCAAAAAACCCCAUACGUGAUAAAGGAGGAACUGCAGAAAAAGCUAAAGUAAAAUCAAAGAGAAGAAUUGAGAAAGAGGAGAGAAAGAUGGCAAAAAUUAGGCGACUGAAAAAGAAGGAAAUGAAAAAUGAGGAAGACAAUGUGAAACAACCAUUUAAUGACAGUGGCUGUCUUGUGGAUAAUGACCUUUUUGAAACUGGGUUAGAAGAGGAAAAUAACUCUCCAGUGGAAGAUGAAGAAUCAUUAGAGUCAAUAAGGACAGCUGUGAAAAAUAAAAUGAAAAAGCGCAAGGCAAUUGCUGAUCUUCUCUUUUUGAAAAAGGAACUGUCUUUGGAAAAUGGGAUCCAUUCCUGUGAAGAAGAAAAUGAACUCUCAAAAGGCACCAUGAGGAAGGAAAGAAAGGCAGCUAAAUUAAGUAAGGAAGCUUUGAAAAAACUGCAUAGUGAGACUCAGCGCCUUAUUCGAGAGUCUGCACUUAAUCUUCCAUAUCAUAUGCCUGAGAAUAAAACCAUUCAUGAUUUCUUCAAACGAAAACCCCGGCCAACUUGCCAGGGAAAUGCCAUGGCACUAUUAAAGUCAUCUAAAUAUCAGUCAAGCCAUCACAAAGAAAUAGACACUGCAAAUCCAAUGGAGGUGAAUAAUGACCCCCAUAGCAAAGGUUCUGAGCAGACAGUAGGCACUGGAUGUGAAAUGGAAAUCAGUACACUUUCUGUGGUGUCAAAGGAACCUCAGCUCACUACUGGAUCGGAUGAGUCUUGCAGUAAGGACUUAAUUGGAGGUGAGGAGCUAGAAGACAUUCAGGAGAAACAAAAGCAAAGUGAUGUUGGACCUUCACCCGGGGACAGCUCAGUGGGACCACAGGAAUCCAGCUUCCUUGGGAACAAGGACAGUGAGGACUGUCAGGCUGCCAGACUUGGGGCACCUCAACCUCAUGCCCUAGAGGGAGAAGAUGAUCUGAGAAAAACCGAAGAAGCAGCUGAGAAGGUGGAAGAACCCAGACAACAAACUAAAGCAACAGCAGUUGGGCUGCCUGAGAAAGUGAAGAGGUUCACUGUGGAUAGACUUAAGCAGUUGGGAGUAGAUGUCUUCAUUAAACCACGACUGGGUGCUGAUGAAGAUUCUUUUGUGGUACUUGAAGAACCUGAGACCAACAGAGAACUGGAAGCCUUGAAGCAGCGUUUCUGGAAGCAUGCUAAACCAGCAGCAAAAUCCAGGCCUCCUCAGAAGCUAAAUGUGAACAUCAUCGUGAAAGAUGUGGGCACUGAUGGGAAGGAAGAACUAAAGACAGACGUGGUACCUGUGAAUUUGGCAGCUGAAAACCUGGAUGAAGCAAGCCACACAAAACCAGGUGAAAAGCUUCAGGUGCUAAAAGCUAAGCUGCAGGAAGCAAUGAAGCGCCGGAGGUUUGAGGAGCGCCAGAAGCGUCAAGCAUUAUUUAAAUUAGAUAAUGAAGAUGGAUUUGAAGAGGAAGAGGAGGAGGAGGAAAUGACAGAUGAAUCUGAGGAAGAUGGAGAAGAGGAAGCUUUAGAGCAGGAAGAGGAGAAAGAAGAGGACGAGGAGGAUGAAGGCAAUCAGAUUACAGAAUUCCUCCUCAGUGGCGAAGAAAUAGAAACCAAAGAUGAAAAAGACAUGGAUAAAGAAGACAUUGAUGGCAGUAGUGAAGUUGGCAAGUCAGUUGGCCUCUCUGUUCCCAAACCUCUUUCCUCAGAUUCUACCUUACUUCUGUUUAAAGACAACUCUUCCAAAAUGGGUUACUUUCCUAGUGAAGAAAAAUCAGAAACAGAUGAAAACUCGGGGAAAAGGCCUAACAAACUGGAUGAAGAUGAUUCAUGUUCAUUGCUAACAAAAGAGAGCAGCCACAAUAGCAGCUUUGAGCUGAUUGGCUCCACAAUUCCAUCUUAUCAACCUUGUAACAGACAAACAGGCCGUGGAAACAGUAUUUUCCCUACAGCAGGAGGAUUCAGAUCUCCUUCCCCUGGGCUAUUUAGAGCCAGUUUGGUCAGCUCAGCUUCUAAGAGUUCAGGAAAGCUGUCUGAGCCUUCGCUUCCCAUAGAGGAUUCCCAGGAUCUGUAUAACGCCUCCCCAGAGCCUAAGACACUUUUCCUAGGAGCAGAAGACUUCCAGUUCUGUUUAGAAGAUGACACUCAGAGCCAACUGUUGGAUGCAGAUGGGUUCUUAAAUGUUAGAAACCACAGGAACCAGUACCAGGUUUUAAAGCCCCGACUACCACUAGCCAGUAUGGAUGAAAAUGCCAUGGAUGCUAACAUGGAUGAACUGUUGGAUUUGUGUACUGGAAAGUUCACAUCUCAGGCUGAAAAACCCCUGCCUAGCAAGAGUGACAAGAAAGAGAAUAUGGAAGAACUUCUGAAUCUUUGUUCAGGAAAAUUCACUUCUCAGGAUGCCUCCAUUCUAGUUCCAUCAGAGUUAAAUAAUCAAGAGACAGUGGGCAGCAUGGGUGACCCAAUGGAAGAAGCACUUGCUCUCUGCUCUGGCUCGUUUCCAACAGACAGAGAAGAUGAUGGUGAAGAGGAGGAAUUUGGAGACUUUCGACUUGUCCCAAAUGAUAAUGAGUUUGAUAGUAAUGAGGAUGAACACAGUGAUUCUGAUAAUGAAGACGUAGCUUUGGGAGAUCUUGAAGAUGAUGAGGAAGAGCUCAUGAAGCAAUCUGAGAAGUUGAAAAGACAAAUGAGAUUGAAGAAAUAUCUGGAAGAUGAGGCCGAGGUGUCAGGGAGCGACAUAGGAAGUGAAGAUGAGUAUGAUGGGGAAGACAUUGAUGAAUAUGAAGAGGAUGUCAUUGAUGAAGUACUUCCUUCUGAUGAGGAACUGCAAAGUCAAAUCAAAAAAAUACACAUGAAAACAAUGUUGGAUGAUGAUAAGCGACAGCUACGUUUAUACCAAGAGAGAUACCUUGCUGAUGGAGAUCUGCACAGCGAUGGCCCUGGGCGAAUGAGGAAGUUUCGAUGGAAAAACAUAGAUGAUGCUUCCCAGAUGGACUUGUUCCACAGAGACUCUGAUGAUGAUCAGAUUGAAGAACAACUUGACGAGACAGAAGCCAGAUGGAGAAAAGAGAGAAUUGAACGAGAACAAUGGCUACGGGACCAAGCACAGCAGGGGAAAAUUGCAGCUGAAGAAGAAGAAAUUGGGGAAGAAAGUCAGUUUAUGAUGCUGGCCAAGAAAGUUACUGCCAAAGCACUACAGAACAAUGUCAAUCGCACCAUUGUUGUUCAAGAAUCAAAGUCUUUACUUAGAGAUCCUUUUGAAGCCAUUGGCCCAGGAAGUACCAGCCAGAUUAAGACAGGCUCUCUGCUAAAUCAGCCCAAAGCUGUGCUUCAGAAACUGGCUGCCCUCUCUGAUCUCAACCCCACUGCUCCCCGAAAUUCAAGAAACUUUGUCUUCCAUACAAUUUCUCCUGUCAAGACUGAGACAGCAAAGGAAUCAUUGAAGCCUCAGGUGAGGAAAAGGGGUCCAUCUUUCAUGACAACGCCUUCACCUAAGUGCCCCAAAACAGACGAGAGUACUCCUGGAUUGAAACGAAGCAUCUUCAAAUUCUUGGAAAGCUAACACCAGCAAGGGUGCCUGCUGCUGUUGAAACUGCUUUGAGACGUUUCUGGCAU